AUGGCUUCUCAAUUUGAUGCGGAAAACGCCGAGAAUCUCGAGGAUAUCGAAAAGCAAUUUGCCGUCAAGGCUGUUAUGCAGGCCGAAACUUACUGGGGCUUGCUCUCUAAAGUGAAGGGUUCGCAGUUGAAGUUGACGCAACACGACGACGACAUUUUCACGGCUCUUUUGGAAGACUUCCCAGAGUUCAAGGACAAAGCCAAGGUGGCGGAAAUCUCCGAGGCGGAGAUGAAGAGCGAAGUUGGCAAGGCCAGAUGGAGAACUUUCUGCGAAAAGUUCAAUGAAAUCGACGACUACAAUUUCGGAACCUUGUUGCGGAUCAAGGCCAAUGAGGAGUACUCGCAAGAAAACACCAUAUUUGCCGUGAGAAUCCAGUUCUACGCCAUUGAGAUUGCCAGAAACAGGUAUGGUUUGAACGACUGGGCUGCGAAAUAG